AUGAGCGACGUUGCAGAUCUAUCCUCUGCGACCGACAGUGACACUUCCGGGGUGUCUUUCCAGCCUGAUAUCGAUGCGACCGAUGACUCCGAUUCUGGGCAAGCCUCAAAUUCAACCGAGCUGACAACUCCGGAACCCACCUGUCUUCCUGACAAUUGUAGCAGGCCUUCCACCCGUCCAAAACGACCCGUGCGUCGUCCAGCGGACGCUGGUGUUCUGCCCGAUUUCAGCGAUGACCCUGAUGACGACACGGACGAGGACAUUGCAAACGUACCACUUGAUUAUGGGCGCUCAGAACAAACCAAGGUUCGGGGUCGACGAAUAGAAAAGCGCUGGGACAAGUACUGCCGAGUGAAGGCUGCUCAGGCUGGUGCGCUGUUGAAAUGGGAUGACCCAGUGGAGGCACUGCGCGAGGUUACUCCUAAUGACGUGCAUCGUUUUUUCAACUACUGCAUGAAGCUGAAGUAUGGCGAAGGCGGUCGUCAUCUGAAGGGAACAUCGAAAGCGAGCGCCCUGAAAGCUGAUUGGAAAGGAUUUCGGGGUUACUAUCGGAGAAUUACACGGACCAGGAUAACUGCCGAAGAUAGCGAAGAGAUCAAUGCGGGCAUUCGGAAACUCGUCGAUAAAUUCGACCUCGAUACACAAGAACGGGGCAAGGAGCCGGUGUACGUCCAAGACUUGACUGAAUUGAACGAGACGAUUCUCCGAACUCAGGAAAGACGAUUUCAUUUUGGAUACGAGCGAAUCCAGCUCUGUCUCUUCAACAUGCUCGGUAUUUAUACCGUGAACCGUCUGCAUGCUCUUCUUUCGCUACAGUUCCACCAUCUACGUUUCUCCGUACAAGAUAAUCCGGACGGGGGCCCUCCCGUACUUUUGGUGGAGAUCAAAUCGGAGCAUACAAAGCGAUUUCUCGGAACUUCCCAAAUUAACAAUUUUCCUUUCCCUGAAAUCAUCAACGAUCCGUCGCUUGUCUUCAGCCCUCAUACAUUCAUAUUCGGUAUACUUCUUUGGCUCCAAGCCUUCGAAGUCCCUACGCUUUCCUCCAUGGAGCGCCUUCGAAAGCUGUUCGUCCAAGGUGGCCGACAACAGAUGGAACUACCAUUGAAGCGCGAAGUCGAAGGCUAUUAUGUCUUCUGCAAGACAGACGUAAUCAAUGGACGUCCAGUUCUUCAAUAG